UGACAUGACGUAACUGGGAAUGUGGGAAACCAAAGUGCACUCCUGAUUGGUUGUGGCAUGAUAAGUAGGCGUUUCCGAGGAGGAAUCUAAUUAAAUAUGGACCAAAUAAGUGGAGGGAAUCUACCCAGAUUCAUAACAAGCUACAGGGCACAAGAAGCAGAAAAACUGACACUGCGAAUGAAAAACGGUGUUGGCAGCCCCAUGUACAAACUGGCUGAAUAUGAAACGCUGCAAGCCUUUGUUGAUGCCAGACGUCGGGAGUACCAUCUCAUUGGACAAAAGGUUCAGAAGACGUGCUGUGCAGCCAAGGCAACCAAGGAGAGCUCCUUAUUACGACAGCACCGGCAGGUGUGGAGCAGAGAAUGCCCCAGGCUGCAAAAAGCUGAGGAGCAGGCAGAGGACGAUAUCCGUGACUUUUUUAAUGAGAUCAAGCCAAGUGAUAUAACAGACACUGCCGUCUUCUUACUUCAGAAAUACAGUAAGUCACAUUAA